UAUCUACAUUUAGUCCUCAAUCCUCCCUCCAGAGAUCUUUUCAAUUCUAUCUAUGUAUGAUUGUCUAAACCAUUUUUUGGGUUAGUGGAGGGGCACAUUUGACAGGUUGGCGCUAUUCCUAGUCCGUACAGAAUGCGAGCUUACAGAUGAUCACUCCCCGCACAACAAGAUAUAAAUUGUGACUUAUUGCCCCAUCUUCCUUUCAGCUCCGGUUGAUCAGUGUCAGCAUGUGCUGUUCACUCCAUUGCAUCACAAUGCCGUUCAUGUACUACUUAUAUCGAGACAUCAGCCCCGCGUUGGUGUCACAUAGACUUCGCUGCACGACUUGAACAUAGUCCUAGGAACUUUCAGGUUUCUUCGUUGUAGAAUCGGUCUUUUAUUUUGCCCUUGCUAAAGCUCAAUCAUUGUUCAUUAUGGCAAACAAUCCAGACCAAGCCUUCAUCGAGGCACGUCAAGCGGCGAUUGAAAAAGCGAUCAAUACACACGCAGUCGACUCCCUCCUCUCCCACUACAUAGACGAAGGCCUCGAUUACUCAGACUAUGGCGCGGGCGCGAUCAACAUGGACAAAGCGGGCCUAACAACCUACUUCAACAACAUGUUCUCGGGCUGCGGCAACCUCAAAGUCAGCACGGUGGCCGUCAGCGGCUCGAAGAACUUCACGACGUGGGAAUGGAAUCUGAGCUUCAAUUAUAAUACGGCGGUUGAGCAGGCGAGUGGGGAUGUGGAUUUUACGCCGGACAAGGCGGAUGGGAGGGAGGUGAGGAUGGUGGGGGUUACGAUUGCGUGGUGGAAUGAGGAGGGGAUGGUGUGGAAGAAUCAUGAUUAUGCUAAGGCUGUGGAGAGUUUUGAGGGGAGGUGA